CUGCCUCCCCACGAAACAACAAGCCACGCGUCAGUUUCCUAUACGGGCCCACCAACCUGGCGCGCGUUAGUCGUAACCAACGCCCAGCUCAGAUUAUCUGGCGCGCAUCCCACUUGAUGCGCACAACGCCCCCCUUUGUGCCUCCUCUACGGCCGCCACUGAGGACUCAUUUUAGACUUCCAUUUACAGCCGACACUCAAAUAUCUCAAAUUCUACCGGAAAAUUUAGCCGCCGUUGUACCGGAAUUAUGAGCAAUUCCGUUGAAUAUUCUUGAACCUGAUAUCUGGAGUUGCUGAAGUUUUUUGCUGAAACCGGGUUCAGCAGAGAUUUCAUUCUAUUUUUUUUUUACCAAAUCAGGCAGAUUUGAUUCGGAGAAUUAGGUUCUGUUCGUAUAUCUAGGGUUUCAGUGUAAUCAGUUGUGAUUCGGCGAAGUUUCGGUUUAAACUGAAUCGUCUGAGCUGCGUGGAACUUGCGUAUCAGUUGAUGUAAUUGGGCAGUUUGGUUAAUCGAUGGCGUCGAUCCGGAGAACUCUAUCACCGAGUAACGAACGGCAUUAUCAGAAUGGAAACCAAUAUUCAGUUCAAUCGCCAUCUCAUAAGCUCGUUCUCAAUGGCAAAAGCUCGCUACUGAAUUCUCGAAAAAAUUAUAUAUCCAGGAAGAAGUUGUUCUAUAGGUGUCUGGUAUUUUUUGUGCUAGGGUUUGUAUUAGGUAUGGCACCAUUUGGGGGUUUUGAUGAUGCGAAGAACAGUGAUUUUUCGUUUGAGAUCAAACCACCGGUGGUGAAUGUUAAGGAGGAGAUGAAAGAUGUGGUAAUUCCCAGACCUGACAAUGUCGUGGUAAACUCAGUUAAAUUACCAGGUUUGGGGGAGGAACUGCACGGGAAGUUUGAUUAUGUAUCCAGGAAACUGUUGAUUGUGGUUACUCCGACUUAUAAUAGGGCACUUCAAGCUUACUAUCUUCUUAGAUUAAGCGAUGUGUUGAAGCUUGUGAAAUCACCUCUGUUGUGGGUUGUGGUUGAGAUGAAUGUGGCAUCUGAAGAGACUGCAGACAUUUUGAGGAAGACAGGAGUUAUGUAUCGGCAUCUGGUGUGCUCCAAGAACAUGACAGAUAUAAAAGACCGCGGGGUGCACCAGAGAAAUGUUGCAUUGGAGCAUAUUGAACAUCAUAGGCUCAAUGGAAUUGUUUACUUUGCAGAUGAUGAUAAUAUCUACUCACUUGAGUUGUUUGAGAGCAUUAGAUCGAUCAAUCGUUUUGGCACUUGGCCUGUUGCUAUGCUAGCACAAAGCAAAAGUAAAGCAAUACUGGAGGGCCCUGUGUGCAAUGGAAGUCAAGUUAUUGGGUGGCACACCAAUGAGAAGAGUAAGCAACUUAGAAGAUUUCAUGUCGAUAUGUCUGGUUUUGCCUUCAAUAGCACUAUAUUAUGGGAUCCAAAGAAAUGGCAUCGACCAACUUCAGAUCCCAUACGACAGUUGGACAAUGUGAAGGAGGGUUUCCAAGAGACCACUUUCAUAGAACAAAUUGUUGAAGACGAAAGCCAAAUGGAGGCUGUCCCUCCUGGUUGCUCAAGGGUAUUGAAUUGGCACCUUCAUUUGGAAGCUCACGGAGUUGUCUAUCCAGGAGGCUGGCUGCUUCAAAAGAACCUUGAUGCCAUUAUCUCUACCACAUGAGAAACACAAGCAAGGUGCAGGAACUCUAAAUGGUGUCCAUGAAGGAGGCCAGUGCUAAUCCCAGUAGGAAGCUAUCAUUUUCAAGCUGAUCAGGGAAUUACUAGAUUGCCAAAGUUGAAGCAGCAAGCAUGCCUUCAAUGUCAAGCUAGCUAUAAAGAAAGGAGUGAUUCAUUUUAUUUUUGACUUUCUCGAAAUUAUUCUUUGACAGCAUCAGAACUCGUUUUGUUGUGGAGUUUUGCUGCUUUUCCCAAGGAGAGGGAUGUGGUUUCUUCAAUUUCCAUUGCAAAAUUGAUU